AUGGCUCCAAUUGUAUGUAUAAUUAAGAACUAUCAAUCAUAGUAGUUCAUUUGAAGUAACUUUCCCAUUUACGCAUCGGGUAUGGGAUUAAUCACCAUUCAAAUCAUUUUAAUUUUUGACUAGUGUUUCAACCCGUUUAUGGGGGAAGCUUUGCUGUCAAAUGUUUCUUAUUUCUUUAUGAUAAGAUAGAGAACAUUUAAGUGCGGUAGGCUAACUUUCUUUUCUUUAGGUUUCAAAAAAAGGCAAAGCUGCUAAAAAAUUUGUUGUUGAUUGUUCAGCUCCAGUUGAAAAUGGUGUUUUCGACCAAGAAGGUUACGUUAAAUACUUAGUUGAACACAUUAAAGUUGACAACACUGUUGGUAACUUAGGUGAUGACAUUGCUGUUGAAACUGAUGGUAACAAAGUUGUUGUUGUUUCAAACACCAAAUUUUCAGGUAAAUACUUAAAAUAUUUAACUAAAAGAUAUUUGAAAAAAAACCAAAUUAGAGAUUGGAUUAGAUUUGUUGCUGUUAAACAAAACCAAUAUCAAUUGCAAUUCUACUCAGUCGCUGAAGAUGACGAAGAAGAAGAAGAAGAAUAA